AUGUCUCUCACAAACGAAGAGUUGCUGGGAUUGCACAACCAGGACGAGCCCGAGCUGCCGAAAAAGCGGCGCACGGUGCACAAGCUGACGGACGAGCUGCUGCUGGGGCCCCGCGGCCUGCCUGCGCUGCACAGAUCGCUCAAAAAGUACCGGUUCCACCACAAACGCGCCGCAGACAGAAGACGCGACGAGUACACGAGAUCGCACCAUUUCGACAACCUCACGCGCCUGCUGCACAUCUACCAGGCAUGGGGCCACGACAUCUACCCGCAGUACAAGUUCAGAGACUUCAUUCCGGUGCUGAGCCGCGCGGUUGGCAGCACGGAGGUGCGCAACUACAAGCGGCAGCUGAUGAGGGGGGAGGAGGCCGGGCAGGAGGCCGGGCAGGAGCGUCGGGCAGCCGAGCACACGCAGCGGGAGCGGGAGCAGGAGCGGGAGCAGGACGCCUGGCGCGGCGACGAGCUUUUCGUGUCGGACGACGAGCUGUACACGCCGGCGGCGCACGCGUCCGCGCAGCUGCCGGGCGGCACGCACGAGAGCAGCGGCCCCUCCGCCGAGGAGCUGGAGCUGGCGCGCGAGUUUGGGUUUUAG